AUGAAGAGAUACCCAGAAUAUGUACAUUUGAUUACAAAUCAAGAGGUAAAGGAUAUCAAGUAUGAUGAAGUAUCUAGGUUGUCAACAUUGACCAUUCAAGACAAGUCAUCGAUGAGCACCAUAUCAAUCAAGACAGACUAUCUCAUUGGUGCCGAUGGCUCUAGUAGCAUGGUGAGGAAGUGGAUGUCGACACCAUUCACAGGCCACUCUGGACAUUUAAAGUGGCUGGUUGUCGAUGCCGUGCUCGGUCCCAAGCAUCCACCUCUGCCACACUAUAUGCAGUUUGUCAAUGAUCCGUCCCGACCCAAGCUCUCACUGCCCAUUCCCCACAAUAGAUAUCGAUGGGAGUUUGUGCUCUUCCCAGAUGAGGACGAGAAGGACAUGGUAUCUUUGGACAAGGUUACCUCACUCAUCACCAAGUGCGGCGCUGACAUGGAACACCUGGACAUCGUACGAAAGAGUAUAUAUGGUGUCCAAAACAGGAUAGCUCAUCAAUGGUACAACAAUGAGAACACAAUGUUGAUUGGCGACGCUGCCCAUUGUGUACCACCAUUCCUCGGUCUGGGAAUAUCAAGUGGCAUGCGCGACUCAAUGAACCUGGCAUGGAAGAUAAACCUGUGUCUCAAAGGCGUGGCACCACCCAGACAUCUGCUCAACACAUACAUGGAGGAGCGCAAACCAGAUGUUGUUCAGAUCAGCGAAAGGUCGACCAAUGCUGGCCACAUCAUCAUGACCCACAACCGAGUGGUAGCAUUGAUAAGAGACAUCAUCCUAUUCUUCCUCCUUCUGAUCCCAUUCGUCAAAGCUCUUGCCAUGUCAUCGGGCAUGAAGCCAUCCACCAACUUUGCAUCGGGCUUCAAACACCCACGCAAGUCAAAGACCUGGCGAUCACAUCUUGGCUCACUAAUGUAUGGAGACUUCAAUGGACACCUGAUAGCUCAGCCACGCGUCGUCCAUGGUGAGCGAGUGAAACUCCUGGACGAGAUACUUGGUCUUGGCUUCUCAGUCCUUCUGUUCAACUUUAACAGGAAGGAUGGAACUGUUUGUGACUCGGCUGCAGUAAUGUUGGACCAGCUCAAGGUGGACGAUAUGCUGUGGAAGAAGUUGAGUACGAGCUUCGUCCAAGUGGUCAAGCCAAACAUCCAUGCUCUACAUUGGACACGUCUGCAUCCAAGCUGCAACAUUGUGGAGGACAUUGAUGAUCAUCUGGACCAAUACUCACGUGGCUCAACACCAAUGGUGAUUGUCGUGCGACCUGACAAGUACAUCUAUGGUGUGUUCCAUGGUGAUGAGAUCGAGCAGGCAUUCCAAUCACUCAGUGACGCAAUCACCUCAGGAUCUUCAACAACAUCAUUGUUAGUCAACUGA